AUGGUUGGUAAUGGUUAUGAGAUGAAAUCAUCCAGUCGAGAUAUCCUUUUUAGAUUGUGCAAUGGAAGUCUACAAAGAAUAUCAGAAUUUUGUCUGUCAUAUAAUCCACUUCAUUAUAUAUUACUAUUCCUAAGAGGUAACGAUGGCUGCAAAUUAGGAAUGGAGAUUGGAUACAGAGUAUAG